GUCAAUAGCUGCGCCCUCAGCUCUAUUCGCAAUUGAGUAGCUCUGACAAUCUUCAUGUGAUUUGCAUCGACUCGCUUGACGACAGCCGCCCACCCGCACGAAAUUCCACCAUAGCGACUCACGCCGACAGUACUAGAUGUUUGGCGCAGCAACUAUACCUGCCACGCUGCUAGGCGGUCCCGAAAGGGGGGCGUCAGCGACGCAGUCCUGGUCCCUGGGGCCGCUGCAGCUCCCCUUCGCUUUCCCUGGGGCUGUGCCCAGUCACACCAGCGCGAGCACGUCCCGCAUGCCGGACGCCUCGGCGGCCGUGAGCCAGUUCAAGGAGGUUGUGCAGCAGGCACUUCAGGCGCCAAGCUCGGGGCGCGGAGGUGCCGCCAGCACCAGCGGCAAGGCGCCGCCGCGGCGAGUGGGUAUGCGCGUGGACUACGCACCGGAGACCCCCGUUCUUGUGGGGAAACGCAGCAUCUCUUUAAGGCCGCGCUACCUGCUGCCGCUGUCGGGUGCGGAGCCGCUGUACGAUGACCGCGACAGCCGCUGGUUCGACGUGAAGGAGGGCGCGCUGCACGGCAGCUACAGCUGGGCGCUACAGGACUACAAGGCGGAGCGGGAGGAGGCGCCGGUGCCGGGCGACGUGUGGCGGGCGGAUAUGCCCAGCGAGGAGGAGAUGCCGCCGGUGCUGAGCUGUAAAGACCUGGUCAAACAGGUGCUUGUGGACCAGCACGGGCGCGAGGACGUGGUGACGCCGGCGUUUGCGGAGCAGGCCUGCCCGGCCGGCUCCUACAAGGUCAUGGCCUUCACUGCGCCGGUGCCGGAGGACGACCCCGCGGUCAACUACUGCGACCACCACUUUUAUGUGCAGCACAAGGACGUCAGCAUCACGUUGCAGAAGGGCGACCGGUUGCAGGACGUGGCCAACUUCUUCAAGCUCCCCGUGGAGGAGCUGUACGAGGCCAACCCCGGCCUGGCCGACCUGCUGCCGGGCGCCGACCGGCCCGCGCCACGCGAGCGCAGCUUGCUGGUGCGUGGCGCCAACGUGUGGAGCCACAAGCCCAGCGAGUGGCUGCCGCCGCGCCUGCACGACGGCGCCGGCCGCGCCAUCCACAACCCCAUGCGCGCGGUGGCGGCCUACUCGGACGACGAGGGCGGGCUGAACGAGCUGCCGCCAGUGUACUGCUGCUCGUUCUGUGUGGUGCCGGGGCAGGCCAAGACGGGGCCGCAGCCGCAGCGGCCGGUCAAGCAGGGCGCUGGGCAGGAGUAGGCGGCGGCGGGUGGCGUGCUGCAUGGCGUAGCGGGCUUGUGCUGGCGGGCCGGACGUGGGCACUGAGUAGGCGGUGAGGAUGGUACAAUGAUGUAAGCAAACGCGUGC